UUAUUAGUAUUUUGAAUGUUGAUGUAGUAAAUUUGUAGAUCGGUUAAUUGGCUGAUUAGUCGGUCAAUCGAUCAGUCGAUCGUUCGUUCGGUCGGUCGGUUGGUCGAUCGGUCGGUCAGUCAGUUGGUCAAUCAGUCAGUUAAUCGAUCGAUUACUCGAUCGGUUGCUCAAUGAAUUUAGCGAGUAUUUUCGUUAGGAGGGUUUGCUCACUCGGUGCUAUGUCUACGUACUCCCGUACUCAGGAGAGCGACGCGUGGGCCCUUCUGGCACUCAAGUCGGCACCGGCCAGUCCGACGAAGAUGCAGUGGAACCCGGAGGCAAAGGGUGCACCGAUUGCACGACUGGAGGGUCGCGAGUUUGAAUACAUGGUUAGACAGCGACGUAUCACUAUCGGACGUAACAGCAGCAGGGGUGAGGUCGACGUCAACAUGGGCCACUCCAGCUUUAUCUCGCGACGGCACCUUGAAAUCUUUUAUGAUCACCCUUUUUUCUUUAUGAUUUGCAACGGUAAAAAUGGAGUUUUCGUUGAUGGAGUCUUUCAACGAAAAGGCGCGCCUGCCUUUCAAUUACCAAAGACAUGCACAUUCAGAUUUCCAAGUACAAAUAUAAGACUGGUAUUUCAGUCAUUAGUAGAUGAACAGGAGCAAAAUAAUGUACGCCUACCUUCUCCGCCGAAACAUAGGGCACCAUUGCCACCUUUACGUAUCAAUAUUCCUGAUACAGGAUAUAGCAGUCCGUUUCCUUCUCCUACUGGAACUAUCAGUGCAGCCAAUUCUUGUCCUGCUAGUCCACGUGCAGGUCAGGGAAGGAGAAACAUAUCGGCAGACCUUCAAAUGGUGGCAGUGUAUGCAGCUGCUGUUGCCAACGAUCCGCAAAAUUCAAACAUGGAAAGACACGACGGAGGACAAAGUUCUAGCAGACAGAUAAGCCCUGAACUUGGGGUAGAAUCAAGAUAUAGGGGUGGAAGCAGUUCCGGACCAAAUGGCACGACAGCAAAUUGUAGUCCUCCAAAGGAUGACUCUAAACCACCAUAUUCGUAUGCGCAGCUAAUUGUUCAGGCAAUAGCAUCUGCUACGGACAAACAGCUCACUUUAUCCGGCAUUUAUUCUUACAUUACCAAGAAUUACCCAUAUUAUAGAACCGCAGAUAAGGGUUGGCAAAAUUCUAUAAGGCAUAAUCUUUCGUUGAAUCGCUAUUUUAUCAAAGUACCAAGAAGUCAAGAAGAACCAGGAAAAGGAUCUUUCUGGAGAAUAGAUCCUCAAUCGGAAGCAAAACUCAUAGAACAAGCUUUUAGAAGAAGAAGACAGCGUGGAGUGCCUUGUUUUCGAGCUCCUUUCGGUCUCUCGUCCAGGAGUGCACCCGCUUCGCCGUCUCACGUAGGAAUUAGUGGGUUAAUGACACCGGAAUGCCUCAGUAGAGAAACGUCGCCGGGCCCAGAAUCUUACCCGGAUAGUUCCGUACCUUCUCCGGCUGGUCAGUUGACUAGUCAGUCCGCACCAGGAUCACCCGGUCAUCCAUACGCGCCUUCGAAUCAAUCGUCUCAUAAGGGUCGUCUAAUGCAACAGAUUACCGUCGUUACGAACGGUGUUACGAGUGAUACAGCUAGAGAAGAUAAGUACGUGGUAUCCGGGAACGUGACAGAAGAACAUUCUCUUUCACCGGCCGGUCAGUACAGUCCGGCUCCUGUUAUCGUACAAACGACGUACAACUACAGCGGAAGCUUUAUUGGUCCCGACGCAGGCGUCGGAGUUGCAAAGCGUUCGCACGAGGAAUCGGAUAGUUCUCCUGGUUCACCAGCCCCGCUCGCUAUCGUCGAAAGUCCCGAGCCAUCCGAGCACCAACAACCACAGACGAAACGUCAACGCGUUCACGAUAUGGACGAUCAUUGAAUCGUUGUCCUGUGGCAUCGUUACGUAGGACAUUUGUUACAUUGCGCUAAUUCGUUCAUUGAUAAAUAUAUCUGCACGCGCGUGUACCCCCUCAUACCUGUUCGUGCGUACGCCCGUAAACGGGUACACGCUUUAUACCCGAAACGUCGAAUCCAUGCCCAUAUCCAUAUCACGUCUUAAAUUCACGUACACCCUCAUGUUUGUGCGCGCGCGUACAAAUACGUACUACACGUACACGUACACCCAAUGCUGUACUGUCAUUCAUUUUAUUACAUAAUGAUUAGUUUAGUCCGCGUAUGGAUAAAUACUCGACCCAGUUUAUUGUUUUACGCAACAAGUGGGGACAUUUUCAUGCGAAGAAAGCGAGAAAACAACGUAUUAUUCCCACGUAUCGUGUUCUAACUUGUAUCGACAUUCAGUUUGUCGGAUCCUCUUCUUUUCUUCCUCCUCCAUUUUUCUUUCUUUUUUUUGUCCUUUCUUUCGGAUCUUCUUCCCCCACCCCGAUUCCAUCGUCGACAGUGUGUAUUAUAUACGUAUAUGGUCAAUCGAGUACAUUUCCUUCGUUUUUUUAUUUACAGUGUUGGUACGGGGAGACGACGCGAGAUUUUGCGUAUUCGUAGAAAGGAAAGGAUUAAUCGUUGCAAGACGAUCGCAUAGAAACGAUAUUGGAUGAAACUUUACUAGGAUGCGUAUAGAAGAAGCAGUCGAAUCUCAGUAGAAAAGAAAGGAGACGUUGCGUUAGAGCAGCCGGUGUCGUUAGUGGUGCGAAAAAAGCGAAAGAUGUACCACUAUCGUUCGGAAACGAAUAAGUAUAUUCUUUGAUUCGAGAAGGAUCAAGUCGAUGCAAAACCGUAAAGAUCGUUCGGUUGGUUACACGUAACUGUUUUCGAAUUUUCCUGUAAACGAGUUUUGGUCGAGCAUGCAACUAUCGGCGAAAAAAGGCUGGUACCCGUCUGUUUCUGUGAUCCGGACUCGGUCGUCAUCGUUUUGUCGGUUGAUCGAUCUAUUGCUGUCGAUUAUUAUGCCGCUAAUCAUGUUCAUCGAGAUGCUCGCAAAUCAUAGACACGAAUCGUAGAUCAUAGUUGUGCGUACGAUUCUACCAAGUUUCUAUUUAAAAAAACAAGCAAUAAUUUUACGCUGAAUACGUCGAUCGAAAUUUCUUUUUGACGUGCCUGUUUAUCUAAUGAAGAUAUUAACGUACUAUAAUCACACACAGGAAGAGGUGAUAGUAUUUUUGUUGCCACUUGUAAAUAAACUCUUAAACGAA